CCGAUAGCUUGCGACUACAUUUUACUGCGCCAGUGGAUUUAAUAGGUCCAUCACUAUUAAAAAGGAAAAUUUCAAACAGGGAAGGAAGGACGCCAGUGAAGUUGUGUUUACAAAAAAGCGGUAAGAACAAAGAAGUUGUGCAAAUAUAUUCGGGUAAAACACGUGCAAAUAAGAAAAAUGGUUUUAACAAAAAUACCCAUUGCUCCUCAAUGGCAUUUAAGUAACGGUUGUGUGUGUACGCCAGAUGGUGGUUUCCUUUAUGUAGGCUGCCGCAGUAUCAACUAUGUCGGACCGUUACAACAAAGUUGCGACAAUAUUAAUGCGAAUCCUCCAGUUAUUAAAGUGUUUCAUACCCGGCAAAAUAUAGCUAGUAUAGACGUGGAUCCAGGAUGGCCUCUGCAGGAUACUGUCGAAGAAAAUGUAAAUCCUGAAAAUAAAGCUGGAAGUUCAAACACGCCCAUAGGCUUUGGGAAUCGAAAAUACUUUGCUGCAUUGGCACAGGACAAUUCCGUACAGAUAUGGGAUUUUGACCGUGGUUGUGCAGUGAGUGGUCAUAAGGCACAUUAUAGCUCAGCUUUAUACAUGGAUGGUAAUGGACCAUCUCCUCAGGGUGAUCAUGUGCUUUUGAGUUACAUGCGAAACCGUAAUGUGCUUUCAAUAAACUCCCAUGAUAUAUUGGUGUAUUGUGUGGCGUCAAAUACCUAUUGCCGACGACAGAUGUUCAUUUCAACAAGAAAUCAGGCGUUAACGGUGUUACGUUGCUCACCAUACAACGAACAUAUUUUUGCAGUAGGUACAAAUCGUGGCUUGGUUGUAAUUGGGGAUUUACAAAGCAUGAGUACAUUGUAUAUGUUGCGUGGACAUGAGAGUCCGAUAACGUCAUUGUCUUGGUGCCCCCAAGAAGCUGAUCCAUUAAAUCGGCCAAUUGAUGUUGCUAAGGAAACUGGUGAGCAAAAUCGUACAGCACCUCAGAUCAUGAGCAAAGGGCAAAAGCAAUCAGGCCUUGAACCGCAAACCAACUCAAAAGCACAAAGUAAUAGCAAAAAGUCUGCGAUUCCCCCCUCAAAUGAUGAUAUAUUCGACAUUUAUGAUUACGAUUAUUUGGAAAAUGAGUUUGGCGCACCAACCACGGCAGAAUCGGAAGUUAACAAAUCGGUUGAGGAAUGUGUUAUCGAUAAAUCUCUGGAACGUGGACCGACAACAAAUUUUGACUUUGCUGAGGCAUGCCAAAGUCUCAAAGAAGAAAUUGUCGCUUUGAAAAAUGAGGAGGAGAGCGAAAGAGACGGUUGCAAUGAAAUGACUGAUGUUACCCUCGCUGAUUGUCAAAAUGCUGCGGGUACAAUUGAUUAUUCUUCAAGUUGUGGGGAUAGUCGGGAGUCUUCGGAAGGUAGUUUGGUCAUUGCUGAUAGAUGCUCUUCUGAUGAUGAGAUUUGCGUUGACGGCAGCGAAAUAAAACUAAAACAACAAAUAUUGCAUCAGGCUGAAGUUCAUGCAGAGCAGUUUAAUGAACUAGAAAACAAAGAUAUAGAACAUACCGAUAUGCCAAUAAACACAGUAAAAGUCGGUACUGAUGGUACUAUAGAAAAUGACGAAAAACAAACAGUUAAUUCUGAGAGUUCAUCAGAACAACCUUCCGUUGACGGUGUGGCUACUCAAAAUAAUUCACCAAUUUCGAAAAAUGGAACGGACAAUCCAAUUUUUUUGGUAUCCGCCAGUCUUGAUGCAUAUUUUUGGAUUUGGAAUACGAAUACUGGCGCAAGCUGUGAUAGGGUUCGACCAAAAGAUGUAGGGAAAAAUCACUGUGAUCGUUUGCGGCCAAAGGAUAAGAAACUUCCCAAAAAUUUAAACUUACACGUUGAUUGGCUAAGCUCAACACAAUUUAUUUCCACAAAUAAAAAUGGUGAUCUAUCGCUUUGGUCAAUGAUAGAAGAUAACUUGUCGGAUCCAACAAAACCACAACACCAACGUUAUAAGUUUAAAGAAGAUGUGCAAAAGAAAUUCCAACAACGUAGCGUUAUGUCCUUUUCCAUUUCGCAAAAACACAAAUUAUUGUGGUGCUUGUCAUCAUUACGUGAAAUUUGUUGCGAAAAUUUAUUUUCUGAAAAAUUAAUACUCAAAUACUGUUGUUCUUCUACAAAUGUUUCUGCGAUGCGUGAGUGUCCGGAUGAUAUGAAUAAGAUUGCUCUUGGUUUUUCUGAUCGUCGUGUCGGCAUCAUUGACAUCUCAAAAAUGUCUGCAACCAAUGUGUCUAUUCAAAAUUAUGUGCACCGUGUCGAGGCAUCUGUACUCUCUCUUGUUUGGAGCCCGGAUAGUAAGAGACUGGCAUUUGGUACAUUAGAGGGUAGAGUUGGCGUCGUUAAUGUGGAUUCAGGCAAACCAAUUGACGUUUUCAAUCCCUUCUGUGGCAAGCCAAUUUAUUCAAUUGACUGGCAGUACAAUCAUUUAUUUGUUGUUUGCAAUGACAUGCUAGCCAUUUACGAUACAAAUGCGGAUUUAAAAGGGGUUCGACUCAAACCUUUGGAAAUAUAUAAACCAUAUGAUGCUCACAUCGUACGUGAGGCACAAAACGUUUCGUCGGUAUCGGUGCGCGGUGGCGUAUUGUACGUUGGCACCCAAAAUGGACACGUACAAGUGUACCAUCGCAGUCCCAAUUCACCGUAUUCCUACAUUAAAAAGCAGGAUGUACCGUUGGCGACUCGCUAUAUCACCGAAAUCGCUUGGAGUCCCAUUGCUAGCGAUCAUGUCGCCGUAGUGGCGAAUUCUAAUACCAUUCACAUACUAAAGGCGAGCAAUGGCGAUGGUCUACUCACGCUCGUGCAGACCAUCACGAUGAAACCUCGUAAAGCUGCCAAUGCCUGGGUCAAAUGGAGCAAUCAUAAUGCAAAUGAAUUUCUUACUUGUGGCUUUGAUGGUUGUGUCCGUGUUUGGGAUUUGAAAUCUACAAAUACAAAUGAGGAGAAAUUUCUUAAACAAUUUCCCUGCCCAAUGACUUGUGGUCUCUUCCUGCCUACGGAUGAACAGAUUGUGAUGUGCGCUGGCAAGUCGACUUCAUUGGAAAUGUUCGAUAUGCGCUUGGAGCAGACAACGAUGUAUAAGGCAGGAAAAUAUACUCAUUUCAAUUCACACCCCUUGGAUGAGGUGAAGUGGGCGUCGAAAAUUCCUGCACGUAUUGAGGCCAAACCACUGACGGCAGCUGAAAAACGUCGCGCCAAGCGAGCCAUAAUUGGUGGUACUGAGAUACAGGCUGCGAAUGGCGAUGCAGGGAUUGCUGAGAAUGGCGCCGAAGUUGUGGAAAAGCUGGGUGCAUUGAAGUUGAGCGAUAAUGACACAGUUGGGGUGAAGAAGGAGGAAGAAAAUCAAGUGCCAACAGAGCAGCAAGUAGCUAAGGCUAAUGACGCCAAAACACUGACUGCCAUUUCGGUCUUUUUGAAGAAUCCGACAACUUUAUUGAAUUUAACUACUAAAGAACUGAACAAAGAUGUUUUGGAGAAAUUGAAUAUGGUAUUAAAUAACACGGGAAGUAAAACCUUACUUUGCCCCAAAUUAUUUGGCUCAAAAUCAGACGCACAACAGCUGUUGGCAGAGGAAUUAAAAAAUCACAGGAGUUCUAAAAACAUUGGUAUAUCGAGCUUAUUUAUGACACAAUUGAACUUUACAAUCAGAGAGGAGAUACAGAAUUGUAUACAGAAUAAACAAUUAUGCGAAUGGCACGUGGCUGUCGCACCAACCAUAUCAUUCAGUUUUUGGCAGAAAUGCUGUCAGGCCUUUGCUGAUCAACUGCUGGAACAGGGUUUCGCGCUGCAAGCAGCUACAUAUAUCAUAGCAAUGCAUCGACACGUGGAAGCCAUUGAAAUGCUUAUGUCAAAACACUACUAUAAGGAAGCGCUACUAAUCGGACGCAUACAUUUGCAAAGUGAUGAUCCAUUGCUGGCCACAAUCAGCGAUAGAUGGAUAACACAUUUGGAUAUGAAUGGCAAUUUGACUGGCUCCGCGUUGCUUUGUGUACUUUUCGGACAAAUCAAUCGUGCUCAUGACACACUGGCCAAGGUGCGUAAUGUUCAUCCUGAAAUUGAACGUGUACUCGAAAAGAUCAAAAGCAGACAAGAUUUUAAAAAAUAAAAUUGGGAAGUUUAUCAGUGAAGUAGUUCCAUGGAAACAUACAUAUGAAAGAAACUUAUUUAGACUUAGAUUAGGACAUUUUUCUACAAUAGAAUGCAUUAAAAGUACAAACCAUACACACGAACACAUAUUGAAGUUUAGAAGUGAUUGAUUAUAAGUUUUGCUUGAAUGGCAUUGUUAUUCCUUUACUUUCUACACAUAUAAAUAUAUACAUUUAUAUUGUAAUGAAGUAAAACGUUUCGUGUUUAAGUUUGUUGUAACAAAAUAGACUAUCGUUUAUCAAUUAAUUUUUAUACAAAUGAAUUUCUAAGUAUUGGAUUUUGAAGUUUGAAAAAGAAAUAAAUAAAAAUAAAGUAUUGAAUGAAAUACCUAUUUAAGGUGACGGCCAAAUUAACUGCCAAUUGCACUUUCACAAAAA